AUCCGGUCACACUGCGUUAAGAGUGUUGUUGUGUGCUAUAGGCAAUAGAGAAUUUUGAAGUGCAGUGUAACACAGAGAAUUGAUUGUGAAGUGCAGUGUAACACUGCGCCAAGUGUGUGAGUGUUUUGUGUGUGCGUUACAAAGAGAGGGAGGCGAACGAGAGAACGUCAAUUUGAAAACAUCAGUGGCUGGGUGUGUGAGAUUUAGAACGUAACUAAACAAAAUAAAAUUUAAAACGAAAGUAUCCAAAAAAGAAGAGACAUGUCGAAUGUGGAAUCUUCAAGUUCCGCGGCCCAGCAGCCCCCCACAUCCACUCUGCCAAUGCUGGGGGACAACCAGGUGAUGCAGGCGUCCACCUCGGCCAGCUCCACCUCGAACAGCAGCACUAGUAGCAGCAGUGGCAAUGGUGGGGGCGGUGGCAACAACGUAGUGGGAGUGCCACUCGACACCCAGAUCAGCGGCGAGCCGCCUUCCAAGAAAUCAUGUCUUGAUGCAAAUGCAGCCUCUUCUAGCUCGGGGGGAGCUCUAUCCAGCGCUGCUGCUGCAUCGGGAACGCACGAGAAGCUGGCAUACCGCAUCUCCACAGCCCUCUGCUGUGCCGUUUGCUUGGAUUUGCCAAAAACGGCCAUGUACCAGUGCCAGAUGGGCCACCUGAUGUGUGCCGCUUGCUUCACUCACCUUCUGGCGGAUGGACGCCUACGUGAUCAGAUUGCCACGUGCCCCAAUUGUCGCGUGGAGAUAUCAAAGAGCACUGCAUCACGCAACCUGGCCGUAGAGAAGGCUGCCUCCGAGCUGCCCAGCGAGUGUCAGUUUUGCAACAAAGAAUUCCCAUACAAAUCUCUUGAACGCCAUGAACAACACGAGUGCCAGGAGCGUCCCACUAAAUGCAAAUAUCAUCGCAUUGGCUGCCAGUGGCGCGGCCCCUACCAUGAGACAACUGAACACGAACGCAAUUGCUCGCACCCCAAGAAGUCUGGCUACGAGGUGAUGGCUGCCCUCGAAGCCCACGAUCUGAAGAUCAAGGAGGAGAAGAAGAUGUUCAGUACACUGAUCGAUUUGCUCAGCUAUGAGAAGAUCAUCUUUAAUGAUCUACAAAUGAAACCCUAUCGCACGGACGAGUAUGUGCACAAGUUGUUCUAUGAGACGGCCCGGUUCUCGGCCUUCAAUCAGCAGUGGGUGGUGAAGGCGCGCAUCAACAAUAGCCAGCGCGAUCCGCAUCAAUCGAACGAGCGCACCAUCACCUAUCAGCUGAUCCUGAAGACCAAGACCAGCACGCCCAUGAGCAUACAUUUCUUUGCCCUGAAGGGCCCAUUCUCUGACAUGAAGGUGUGCACACAGAUCUACAAGCACGAGUUUACAGAAACGAACACUGAGAGCGAUUAUUAUGUGUUGCCGCUGCCUGAUGGCAUUGGAGGCAGCGGCUCAAGUGAAUGCAAUCGUAUGCUGGCCAACAAAGGCAUCAAUUUCCGGCUGCUUAUGUUUCUGCUAAACAAGUAGAACAUAGUCGAUGAAAAUACGCAGAGAGAAGCAUAUUCAAGUUAGUUUAAGAUUCGUUGUUUCAACUCUAAUGUGCAAAAACCUAGGCAUAGUUUAUAUUUUCUUCUACUGUAUAUGUAUACCCCCAGGUGUAUACCCGCCCGCCCCGCCCCUUCAAUCCAACUCCCAGCACAGAAACGACACAUAAAUAUAAUUGCAAUCACGUUCAGAAGAAUCACAGUGUAACGCGUUAGGUUGUAACCAAAAUUUAGUGAAUAACUAAGAUUAGUAUCAAUAUUUGUCCAGAAACUGCUUUCAAAAUUUUUGUAAACAUGAAGAGGAGGCCACUUUUUUGGGUAAGACGCUUUCAAUACGAAUAACUGUUAUUUUUGUAUGUGCAGGCGAGGAGAGAAUGCGAAUAGGAUUGAUUGUUGGUGUGUUUUUGACUAGCGUUUAAUGAUCUCACAGAAAGGAGCCAGCCAGCACACACCCGCUAACAAAACAAGUAACCAUAAAGUAGAUGUAGCACUGUAAGAAGACUAAAACAAAAAGAAACACCAAGCUAAACAGAUUUACGAGCAUGUGUCGUAUGCAGUAACCAUUCUUUGAUGUAAUGUAAGCUCUAGACCUAGCAUAGCCCCGAAGUAACGUACUCCAUGCGAGUGGAACGGAACCCAGACUACACUACACUACAGAACACAACACACACAUUCAAUCUUGUCUAAUUCUAAUCGCGUUUUGUUGACCGUCUACGUUUAAAUGCUUACAAACUUACAUUCGUAUGUGUAAUAUUUAUAUGAUAUGCAUUGUCGUUAAUAAUAAAUGAUAAAACUAUACCUAAUGCAUAUA